AUGUGGCAACUUACUAAUGAUUCAUAUCUUAAAUUCACAACCCUUCCAGAAAUUUUGAAGAGACCAGAUGCUAAAACCAAAUAAAUAAGCAUAGACAACAAAAUAAUCUAAGAGGAUCAAACUGAAAAUACAGAAAUUCGGCCAAAAAAAGUACACAUGAAACCAAGACUGCCUGUUUUAUCAAAUUUGCUAUUGAAGCCAAAGCAAGCUCCUACUUCACCUAGAUAAAAUAAAGAAGAAAAUAAAGUUAUUAAGAAAUAAAGAAUGGAACCUGUUAAAUCAGUAGUUUAAAUUAGAUCAAAUUCAAAUGCACCAUAAAUGGUAAAGAAACUAACAAGUGAAAAAUUAGAUAUAAAGGAAUCACCUCUAAUUGAGUUAAAACCUUAAAAAAAAUUGGUCACUUUAGAUGAAUAUGAAAUCUAGGAAGUUAUUGGUUAGGGUUCUUAUGCGAUUGUCAGAAAGGGAGUGCAUAAGGUGCAUGGUGAGGUUGUGGCAAUAAAAGUGUAUUCUAAAGAAAGAUUGUAUGAUCCUUAACGUGCUCGUGCAGUAGCUAAAGAAAUUCAAAUUCUUAGAUAAUGCAAUCACAAGAAUAUAAUCCGUCUAAUUAAAGUUGUAGAGUCUAAUAAAAAUAUUAAUUUAAUAAUGGAAUAUGGAGGCGAUCAAUCAUUGAAAAAGGUUAAAAAUCUUUCAGAAUUUGAGAUUCAAUUAGUUUUCUUUUAACUAUUAAAGGCUGUUAGUUAUUUACACAAUAAAAAAAUAGUUCAUAGAGAUAUCAAAUUGGAUAACAUUUUAAUAAAUGCAUAAAAAGAGAUCAAACUGAUUGAUUUUGGUUUUGCUACUGAAGUAGAUGGGUACAUUAACACAACAUAUGGAACUCCUUCUUACAUGAGUCCAGAAAUGCUCCCUCCAAAUCCAAGAUACAAUGAGAUAACUGAUAUCUGGAGUUGUGGAGUGGUACUCUACGCUUUAUUGUUUAAUAAGUUUCCCUUUAGUGGUCAUACAGAAAAAGAAUUACAAAUGAAAAUAAAAAAAUAAGAUCUGCAUAUUUAAUCAGCCGACGAAGAGAUUGUUGAGGUGUUGAUAGGUUGUUUAGAAAGAGAUGUAGAUAAAAGGAAAACCGCAGAUUAAUUAUUAAAAACACUCUGGAUGAUUUGCUUAGAUUGA